ACACCCUAGAGCCGGGAAGAAUCCGCUGCGGGGAGUAGAAUAACAGGCGCAAAGCCAGCAACAGGUGCUCUUGAGAAUUUCCAUCCUCCAAUCCAACCCCCUUCCCCCUCUUGGUCUCUCUCACAGAGAAUAGCCUCCGAUUCUCCCCUCCCACCGCUUGCUCAGAUCUGCGCCACCGCACAGCCUCCCGUCAUCCUUAUCCGCGCCGCCGACCGAGGAGAGGCGGCGGCCGCUUGGUGUCUUCCGUCAAAGGCUCGGCCUUUCUUCGGUGGAGGCUGCUGGGAUUUCUCUGGACCAGUAAAAGGUUCUUGGAGGCAUCCGGUUGGUCUGGUGAUUAGGCCGAGCUUGGAGGUGGUUGGCUCUCUGCAGUUCUUGCCGGCUCGGCUUGCAGGUUCCGAGCCAAAUACUCUAUUUUGUUUUGGUCAUCAGCGGAUUUGCGAAGAUGUUUCAGGCAAAGAGGAUUGGUUUUGGAGAAUAUCUUUCGGAAUUUGCCUCUUCCUGAUUGCCUGGGCGCUUAAUUUCAGAUCACAGAGAUUUUUUUUUUUUGGAUGAAGACGAUGGAUUUUUCUGCUAUCAGUGAGUCGCCUCUAGCCCAGAAUCCUGUUUGAUUGUAGCUUCUGCGCCAUUUCUGCCAAGCAUCCGUUUUGUGUGCUCCUGCGUCCGUCAAAAGACAGGACUUGGGCGGUUGUGCCGCUGCUUUAGGCUGCUGCUCACCUUUCCCUCCCAAAGCUUGGCCUUUUGAGUUCCCUUGCUGGUGGAUGAACUGCUGAUCCACGAGUCUUGGGGUGUGCCUAGUCCCUCUAUCAACAGUACAAUCCCUCUGAAGAAAGGCGGUCUCCUGUGCAGAUACUGCCUACUAAAUUAGUCCCUGUGCUAUACUACGAAGAUUCUGCUUUGACGGAAUACAGUGCUUCCCUUUAUCUCUUGCCCAACAAAGUGCACAAGAAUCUUUGUUGUCAAUAUAGGAGUUGAGAAGUAUCUGGAGCCAAUCGAGAGGGAGCAAAGCCAUGGACGUGCCGGCGCCGUCCAGCCGUGCUGGAUGCAGUGGAAGCAUCGGCAGCCCUUUGGAUGAUCCGUAUGGCGCCGCGGCCAUGAUGAACUUUGAUGGGUACUCUGAGCUCUGCAGCAGCCCUUCACUGACCGAUCAACUCUUCUCCUUACUGAAUGAUUCGUCUACACACCAGAUGUUCGCUAUGUGGUCAUCCUUAGGAUCAUCACCUCGUGCACCUGGUAUCAGUGAAGAUAUGCAGCUCGAUUCCUUUUCCAGUGGACCUGGGCUUCAGAAGACUGAUUUGGAACCGUUGGCAAAUCCGGCUGAAACCGGAAGAGUAGCCAAGAGUUCAGGUGAGCUUGGGUCGGUUGGUGAUCUCCAGCAAGGAAGUACUAGCUUGGUUCCGAGGCCUGUCGCUGGCAACUUACUCGCUGAAAGGAUGCUCAUGGCUCUGAAUUUGUUCAGGCAGUCGCUGGGCGGCGGCGUUCUUGCCCAGGUCUGGAUGCCUGUUGAGCAGGAGGGGCAUGUCGUGCUGAGUACAUGUGAGCAGCCGUUUCUACUUGACCAGGCUCUUGCAGGGUACAGAGAAAUAUCCAGGCAAUUCGUGUUCUCGGCGAAGGAGGAGACUAGCCUGUACCCAGGUGUUCCAGGGAGGGUCUUCAUCUCUGGUGUGCCAGAAUGGACCUCAAAUGUGCUGUACUACAGCAAGCCAGAGUACUUGAGGAUGGAGUAUGCAGUUCGCCAUGACGUACGAGGAUCACUUGCAAUGCCGAUUUAUGACCCCAGCAAGGGCAGUUGCUGUGCUGUGCUUGAGCUUAUCACAAAAAACGAGAAGCCUGAUUUUGAUGCAGAGAUGGAUAACCUUCGGCAAGCAUUGCAGGCUGUGAACUUGAACACAACGAGGGAUUGCAGUAAUGGCAAGUUUUAUUCAGAAAAUCAGAAAGCUGCCUUCACUGAAAUAUUGGAUGUACUAAGAGCUAUUUGUCAUGCACACAUGCUUCCCUUGGCCCUUACAUGGGUUCCUACAUCAGAUGGAAGCAGUGAUGGACAUGUUGUUGAACAAGAGAGUGUCUUUGAUUCACGGUCAGGAAAAGCGAUGCUCUCGAUCCACAAAUCAGCUUGUUAUGUUAAUGAUGCAAAGAUGCAAGGCUUUUUUCAUGCAUGUGCUGAAAGUCAUCUUGAGAAAGGGCAAGGUAUUGUGGGACGAGCACUCAAGUCCAAUCUCCCAUUCUUCUCACCUAAUAUAAGAGAGUACAGUAUUAAGGAUUACCCACUUGCACACCAUGCUCGUAAGUUUGGUCUGCAUGCUGCUGUAGCAAUUCGGCUGAGGAGCACAUAUACUGGUGAUGAUGACUACAUACUGGAAUUCUUUCUCCCUGUCAACUGCACAGGCAGUGAAGAACAACAGUUAUUACUGAAUAACUUGUCAAGUACAAUGCAAAGAAUAUGCAAAAGCUUGCGAACAGUUUCUGAAGCAGAGGUUGUUAAAGUUGAUGCAUGUACGACAUUAAUGUAUAAGACAACCAGUGGAAGUUGCUUGCCUGCUGGCCACUCUGAAAGUUCUUCACAUUGUGAUCAACCAGUCACAGAAAAGGCAUUCCAGGAUCUAUCUUUGGUCGAUAAGCACGGGGACACAGCUGAGCAGUCUAGUUCAGCGAGACUUGCAGAGAAAAGGCGCAGUACGGCUGAGAAGAAUAUUGGUAUUGAUGUUCUUCGUAAAUACUUCUCUGGAAGUCUGAAGGAUGCUGCAAAGAGCCUUGGUGUUUGUCCAACAACUUUGAAACGGAUAUGCCGGCAACAUGGAAUUUCGCGAUGGCCAUCUCGCAAGAUAAACAAGGUCAACCGUUCAUUAAAGAAGAUCCAAACUGUUAUUAACUCUGUCCAUGGGGUUGACAGCUCUUUGCAGUAUGACCCUGCUUCUGGAUCUCUUGUUCCAGCAGUUUCUAUGCCAGAGAAGAUGCCAUUCCCUUCGUCUGAUGCUUUGUCUAGUCCAUCCGUUGGAAAAUCUACAGAUGAAAAAUCUGGCCCAAAAUCUGAGCAAGGGUAUUCGUCGCCCGAGGGAUGGGAAAGAGAAAAUUGUCAAUUGGAGCUCCCUGAUGCACGGAAAGGGGAAGGCAAUGAAUUUCACAUGCAAACACGUAACUAUAGUGGCAGUGAUAAUCACGCUUCUUAUGAUGCGAUUGUCACAGAUCAUUUAAAUUCUGAAGGCACACAAGGACCAUUAUAUCCCACUGCUGUUGUCGGUUCUCUGCAUCACAAGGAACCAGGUUACAUCAAUCAUUCUGUCUCUGUCUGCCCAGGCUUCGGGACCAUCGAAGACCAGAUAGCGGGAAGGAACUCACCGCCCAUACAACCAGCAGAUAUUGAUAUGUUUGGUGAUCACGGAGACAGGGAGCAUACUCAUCCUUCUACCUCUGGCAUGACAGACUCUUCGAGCGGCAGUGCAUCAAGCCACCCUACUUUCAAGAAGAACCCAUCACAUUCACUGAAAGACAAGAGCAGUCCUGCGCUUACAGUUAAGGCUACCUACAAUGGGGACACCGUGCGGUUCAAGUUUAUGCCAUCGCUGGGCUGGUAUCACCUGCUGGAUGAAAUAGCCAAGAGGUUCAAGCUGUCAACCGGGGUAUUCCAGCUCAAGUACAAGGACGAUGAGGACGAGUGGGUCAUCAUGGCGAACGAGUCUGAUCUCCAGGAGUGCGUGGACGUCAUGGAUUCAAUGGGCACACACAACGUGAAGCUCCAGGUGCGGGACCUCCCUUGCCUGAUCAGCAGCUCAGGUAGCAGCACUUGUUUGCAGCUGGAAGGACAGAAUUCAUGACAUGGUGAGGAAGCUUUACUUUUGCGGAUCUUGUUGCCCCCCCUCAACUGUACCAUGUUGCAGUAGGCGUAGUCUAUGUUGUAGCGGUAGGGUUUGGUAUUUUGUACGCGCGUAGCGUGUAAUGUAGCGAUAAUGUGGGAAGUCCUGAACAGGAAGUGUAGCGAUCGCCGCACAGACAUUGUGCCUGCCCCGAAACAAUGUCGUAGAGGUCCUGAUAGUUUUUCUUGGCAAUGAUGUGUUGCCAUGAUAUUCUACGGUCCCUGUAGGCUACUAUGGAACAAAAGCUCCUGCCUGUGUUAUGAUGCUGGAGAAAACCAGUGUUUCUGAA